AUGACGGGCGUGGCCACAAUGGCAGUCGCCAACGGUCCCGAGAUGGAGGCGGAGCCAGAGGAGGGGGCGGGGCCGGGGGUGGUGCUGGUGCCCGAGGGGGCGGAGUCAGCGACGCUGCGUUCGCCGUUCCAGGAGCUCCAGUGGCGCGAGGGGCCCUGGACCAGCUCCGUGCUCAGCGUCACCAACGUCACCGGGGCCCGCGCGCGCCUGCGCCGCCGCUUCCUCCAGUCCCACCAGUCUGACCAGUCCCACCAGUCCCGGCGGGGCCCCCGGCCCCGCUACCGCUACCAGAACGUGCCCCCGGCGCCGCCGGACUGGGAGCACUGGGAGCACUGGGAGGGCGGGAACGGCACCGUGGGCGUCUUCGACUGCGUGGCCACCAACGGGAGGGGCACGGCCAGGAGGAGGCUGCGGCUGCGGCUGGGGGACCGGCCGGACCCGCCGCGGGCCCUGCGGCUCUCGGGGCUCUCGGGGACCUCGGUGGGCGUGGCCUGGGAGCCGGGCUGGGACGGCGGCCUGCCCCAGCACUUCCUGCUCCGCGCGGACGGGCCGGACGCCCCUCCCCCACCCGCCGCUCUCGUCACUUCCGGUUUCUCCCUCACGCUGGGCGGGCUCCGCCCGGCCACGCCCUAUGACGUCACCGUGCGCGCGCGCAACGCCCGCGGGGAGAGCGCCCCCGUGCGGCUGAGAGCCGUCACUUCCGCCCUGCCCGAGGCACCGCCCCCGCAGCAGGAGGAGCCGGCAGCGCCCCCUGCCGGCGCGGAGGAUCCUGCUUGGCCCAUCCUGCAGGGGGCGCUGUGCGCCCUCGGGGGGCUCCUCCUCCUGGCCGGGCUGGGGGCGGGGCUCGGCUGCUGCUACUUCCGGUGGGGGCGGGGCCCGAAGGUGCCCCCGGAGCCGCUCGUGACCCCCCAGGGGGAGCUGGUCUGA